AUGGAGAUAGAUAAACCCAUGAAUCCCGAUUGCCUUGCGGAUAGUACCAAUGGUACCAAUAAUGACUUAGAAAUCUUGACUAAUAUUACAUCAAAUGAGAAUACUUUACACGAAUUACCGACUUUGUUCAGCAGUAAAACAUUACUGGAACUUUGCUGUUCAUCCUGGUCACAAUCCGCGAGUGCUAAGGUUGAUGUUCAACCGUAUUUGCGUGGUUGUGAGUGGUCCCCAGAUGGGACGUGUUGCAUGUCAGUAGUUAAUAAUGACGGAGUACAUAUUACUGAACUUCCACGCGAUCUGUACUCUGGUUCAGUUGACUCUAGCCGUACUAUUGAUGUUCUAGACUCGGUUAUUCAUGUUAAAGAAUCUGGACUGAUUUAUGACUUUUGUUGGUACCCGGCAAUGAAUAGUAGUAUUCCUGAAACAUGUUGUUGGCUAACAACCAAGCAAAAUGCUCCUGUACAAAUGUGGGAUGCAUUCGAUGGGUCAUUAAGAUGUUCUUACAGAGGAUUUAAUGCAGUGGAUGAAAUGGAACCGGCCUUAUCAGUAACUUUUAAUAUUGAAGGAACUAGAAUCAUAGCUGGAUACAAAAAGGCCAGGUAG